AUGGAGGGUACUAGAGGUUCCCGAAAAUAUUUAAAACCAGGCACACUGCGGAGUCUCGAGAAAGAUGUGAAGGAGAGGUCGCGAAGGCGCGCACUGAUGGGGGAAGACCUGGAUAGGCAGUUGAAGGAGCUGCAGGAGAAAGAGGCUGUAGAAGGCAAAGCGCUCCAGCUGCAACUGCAACAUGAGCAGCAAAAACUGCAACAGUUGCUGCUGCAACAGAAACAAAUCUCCAAGCAAAUGGAUAUUGAAAUCGCAGAUUCUGGCCUCGCUAUCAAAGGCAAGAAUACUACUGUAGCGCCAUCUGCCAGGCAGCAGGAGUCAAUGCAACAGGAAACACUCAACCAGAUUGAUGCCUUCCUUGUUGACAAGCCUCCAAAUCAGACGCUCGGGGCCGGGUGGAGAGGACAAGGGCUUGUUCCUCCGACUGCUGUAACCAAGUUGGGCGUGUAG